CAGCUAAGAAAAAACAUUCAGUUUUUCGGGUUUUGGAAACCGACAGACAGAAAGUAAAUUAAAAAUUUUAACGAAUUUUGGAAAUUUCCUUAUUAGCGGUGUAUAGAAUAAAAAAGCCAUAAUGCCCGAAGCUCGCAGUCCCAUGGCAGCUUUUGCUGACUGCCUCUAUAACAUGAUAGAUGGUCCUGUAACAUGGUUCAGAGGAAGCAUUGUGGAGCCAAAUCAGCAAAAGUAUGCCUGGUAUCAUCAACAAUAUCGUCGUGUGCCCACCAUUGAUCAAUGCUAUACGGAUGAUGUAGCUUGCCGUUUCGAAGCCGAUCAACAAUUCCGUCGUGAUCGCAUGGUGGACAAUGACAUUGUUACCAUUUUGCGUCAACGUUUCGAGGAUUGCACCCUCUAUGAGGCUCCCGACCAUAUUAUCAAGUGCAAGCCAAUUUUGGACCAAUAUGAAAAGGCUGCCGAAAAUUGGUUUAUCAAAUACGGUGAUUUGGGCGGUUAUGCCAAUGCCAAAGCUGCCUACAUGAAACAAAAACAUCGCAUGAUUUGGGAACGUCGCCACGGUCCCGUAGGUAGUGGUGGUAAAAAACAUGAUGGUGAAGAAGCCGAGCAUUAAGUUUUUCUUUUGGUGCCUUCCUACGCAUGUGACCAGCCAGCCAGCAAACUGAAAAUUUAGUUAAAUUACUUUCUGUUAAUAAAAAAUUUCCUUCUGCUAUGGAAAAUUGUAACCCGAUACUGCUCUACUACGACAACAACAACAAGAUUCAAUGAAUUAUUAUGAACACAUUAAUAAGGUGUAGUAUUUAAAAUAGAAAACACAACGCGCCAUCAUCAGCAAACUUUCAAAUAAGCCAAUCAUUGAUGUUAUUAGAAGAACUAAGUGAUAUUUCAAUUAAAGUGAAAUUGUGGAAAUUAAUGAGAAAACCGAAA